AUGCGAGGGGAAGCACUCGAAACUCAGGUGUUGCUUCCGCCAUUCGUCGAAAAAAGCUCUUUCGAUGAUCUAGCGGGCGUCCUCUCAUUUUACGAAGCUGAUCUCGAAUGCAGCACCUGCGUUGUGCAUGAGGAAUAUCGUCGGUGGAAUGCCAAAUGGACAGAGGUACCCGAAGCGGCAAGACCGGCUAUUGACACGCUGAACCAGAUUUGUCCGAUAAUUUUCCCCAAAAUGGCGACCCUCCUGCAGAUUUCCGCGGUUCUACCCGUAACGACAUCUUCCGUGGAACGAACUUUCAGUGUUCUGCGCUUGCUAAAAACGUAUCAGAGGUCGACGAUGAACGAAGAAAGAUUGAACGGGUUGACCUUGAUGCGUAUUCCUCCGCAAGUUUGUGUAAGUCCCGAUGAAAUACUCGACGCUCUCGCGUUGAAACCGAGGAGACUCGACUUGGUUCUUUGA